AUGUCCCACCCCCGGCAGCCCCACAGGCCCCGGGACUGCCGGUGCUACGUGCUGCAGGGGUCGGUGCGGGGGGCCCCGGCGCUGGAGCGUGCGGUCGCCCUGUGCAACAGCGUGUCGCAGUGGGUGCAGGUGAUGGUGCUGAGCCGGCCCACGGCCCCCCAGCGUGCACGCGUGCUCGCCCAGUUCAUCCGUGUUGCACAGAGUCUGCGGCAGCUGCAGAGCUUCAACACGCUCAUGGCGGUGGUGGGAGGCCUGUGCCACAGCGCCAUCGCCCGCCUCAAGGACACGCAUGCCCUGCUGCCCCCCGAUGGUGCCAAGGCGCUGGCAGAGCUGACGGAGCUGGUGUCGUCGGGCUGCAACUUCGGGCCGUACCGCCGGGCGUACGGCGCGUGCCACGGGUUCCGCCUGCCCAUCGUGGGCAUCCUGCUCAAGGACCUGGUGGCGCUGCACGAGGCGCUGCCCGGGCGCCUGCCCGACGGGCGCCUGCCCCUGGCCAAGCUGCACGGGCUCUACCAGCAGGCGCUGGAGCUGCGGGCUCUGCAGCAGGCCGUGCCGCCCUUCGAGGCUAACAAGGACCUCGUGCACCUGCUCACGCUCUCCUUGGACCUGGUGUACACGGAAGAUGAGCUCUAUGAGCUGUCGUAUGUACGGGAGCCGCGGUGCCCCAACACCCAGCCGCCCACGCCCCUUAAGCUGCCUGUGGUCGGGGAUUGGCUCCCGGAUGUGGCCCUGAAGCCAGACCCCAGUACCAUCACUAAACAUGUGCAGCAGAUGGUGGAGUCUGUCUUCAAGCACUUUGACCCCGAGCAGCAUGGCGCCAUCGCACCCCUCGACUUCGAGCGCAUCGUGGGCAGCUUCCCCCUCGCCCCCCGGCCCCCCUCCCACCACGGAAACCUGUCUGGCACACACGUAUGUCCCCGCACCAGCCACCUGAUGCACAUGUGUGCGCGCACAUGUACCUCCCCUCCAGACUGCGGCAUGAGCUGCCACAAGCAGUGCAAGGAGCUGGUGGAUGUCGAGUGCAAGCGGCGCCCGUCCCUGGGGGCCAUGGCUGCCCCCCUGCUGCCCCUCAGCUCAGGCUCUGAUGAAGACCUCAGCCCCAUGGCGCGGGACGUGGCCACGCAGACAGAGCCCCCCCACUACGAGCUGUGGGCACGGCUGCAGACAGUGGAGCAGGAGCGGGACCAGCUGCUGGCCAUGGUGGAGCGGCUCCGGGACCAAGUGGCCCGGCUGGAGGCCGGGGUGGGGGGCGCCCCCCCAGCCCCCCUGGCACAGCUGCUGGAAGGCGUGGAUGCCCUGCACCUGCCCCCCGGUCCCGACCCUGACCCCUAGGAGCAUGGACAGACGGACGGACAGACGGACGGGGGGG